GUCUCUUAGCCUGAUUAUAUACAUCUUAUACCGAAACAAGCAUUUCUGACCGAUGCCCACCAAUUUAGUGAUUGCACAGAUUCACAGCAAAAGGGGCUGUUGUUGCUGUAGGGUAGGCCCAAAAACACGGACCGCCCACUUCAUUUGACGUCAGCAUGCUGAUUGCCUUGCGAUAGCUUCGCGGAUUUCGUCCUCUAUCUGCAGCGCACCACUGGGGAUUCGACAUUCUCCUUCGCUUACAUCUCUGCCACCGAUAGACAUCAUGAGCGGCGGCUGGAAUACCAUCGAGUCUGACGCGGGCGUCUUCACCUCGCUCGUCGAAAAUCUAGGCGCGUCCAACCUGCAGUUCGAGGAGCUCUUGACUCUCGAACCGUCCGAGCUCUCCUCCCUGCAGCCUCUGUACGGCGUCAUCUUUCUCUUCAAAUACCCCACCGACACCCCGUACACGUCUAGCGAGACCCCCCUCGACGGAACGUUUGAUCACGAUGCGGCCAGCCGCAUUUUCUUCGCAGCGCAGACCAUCCAGAACGCGUGCGCGACGCAGGCGCUCCUGAGCGUGGUGCUGAACAAGACAGACGAGGUGGACAUUGGCGAGAAGCUGGGCGAGUUUCGGGAGUUCACCAUUGAGCUGCCCCCCGAGUUUCGCGGCGAGGCGCUGAGCAACUCGGAUCUCAUUCGCGAGACACACAAUUCGUUUGCGCGCAGCUCCCCCUUUGCAGACGAGACGGCGCCCAAGGGCGGCGAGAGCGAGGAUGUCUUCCACUUUAUUGCCUAUUCGGCCAUCAACGGCAAGCUCUACGAGCUGGACGGCCUGCAACCGGCGCCCAUCUCACACGGCGAGUGCACAAUGGAGAAUUUCCCCGAGAAAGUGGUGGAUGUGCUACAGAGGAGGAUCGCGCGCUAUGAGGCCACGGAGAUCCGCUUCAACCUGUUGGCCAUGUGCCGUGAUCUGCGGGUUCGGGCGCGCGAGUUUGGGGACAUGGAGCUUUUGGAGAGGGAGGAGCGUAAGAGGAAAGACUGGCUGUUUGAGAAUGCGCUGCGGAGGCACAACUUUGUGGGCUUCGCGGGCGAGGUUCUCAAGGGCGUGGUGGAGAGCAAGAUGAAGGACGGCAAAGUUGACGAGUGGGUGGCCGAGAGCCUGGAGAGGCGGAAAAAGGCAGAGCAAGCGAGGAGAGCAGGGCAAGAUGUCGAGAUGAGCGGCUGAACCAAGCGUCCCCGGGGACGCCAACAAGUCUAGCACAGACAAGGGCCCAAGUGCCCUGCAAGAUUGCCAUCUGGAAACAUGGGGGGUCUUGUUGGUUGGCAGAUACCAAUCUUGGAGCACGGGUGUGCUAUCGCAACAUAGGGUGGUCCGGACACAAGAUUAUCUGGGUUUGUCCUUGCGUCUCAACAUGACUGCCACUAUGUGCGGAUGAUGCAGUGGGUGCAUGCGGAAUCAGUACUCGCCCCCCGGGUAUGCAUUUGCUAUCUCGCCUCGAGGGCGCAUAGUCAGAACACAAUCAUAUAUACAACAAGAAGUUUAACACCA